CGGCCAUGUCUCGGCAGAGCACCCUGCUCCGCUUCUUCUCCAAGGCCAACCCGGCCCCGCCGGGGGACGCCGCGCCGGCGGCCGCCCCUGCGCCGGCAGCCGCCCCUCCGCCGGCCGGCGCGGGGCUCCGGCGGCGCCGGGGCUCGGGGGAGCAGAACGGCCGCCAGGCCGCCCGCAGCACCCGCGGCGGGGCGGGCGGAGCGGCGGCGCGGGCCGGGGAGAACGGCGAGAAGGGCGAGGGGGACGGCGCGGCCGUGAAGGCCUCCAGUGUCUCCUGUGAGUAUUCUCCUGGGGACUUGGUCUGGGCCAAGAUGGAAGGUUAUCCUUGGUGGCCAUGUCUCAUAUACAACCACCCGACUGAAAGAACAAUAGUCAGAGGAAAAGGAAAAUCCACUCGUGUCCAUGUACAGUUUUUUGAUGACAGCCCUACAAGAGGCUGGAUCAGCAUUAAAUACCUGAGGCCAUAUAAAGGUUCAUCAGAUGGGGAGACGCUGAAGGGAGGAAUGUUUUACAGUAUGAAGCCUGAAAUUAAAAGAGCAAUGGUAUUAGCAGACGAUGCAAUGAGCAAAGAUAAAACUAAGCGGCUUGAGCUGGCAGUAUGCAAUGAACCUUCAGACACAGAGGAGGAGGAAGAGGAGGAAAUAGAGGAGAUGAGUGAAAAUGCAUCAGGCAACAGUGAUGAUUGCAGUAGUGAGGAGGACAUGAAGAGCAAUAAGCGAGUAAAGAGCAGGGAAAGAGCCGUAAAAACCAAGAGAAGAAGAGUGUUGGAUUCUGACAGCGACCAAGAAGGCUCUGACACAGAGUUCAAACCCGAUGUGAAAGAAGCAGCAAGCAGUGAGGAAGCGAGUAGUGGGGUAGAUGAAAAUGAAUCUUCUGACACAGAGACAGAUGCAGAGAGUGUUGCAGAAAGUCCCAUUAAAGUCCCUUCUAAACGAAAGAGAACAGAGGUGAAAAAACCUGCUAAAAGGAGUAGCUUAGGAAAUGAGUCUUCUGAAACACCCAAAAGAGCAGCAACCGUCUCUUCAGAAGCCAAGUCCAAGCUGACAUCAUUUGCAGCACCUGAAAGUUUUGAGUCUCAAGCAAAUGCUUGCAAUGGAGGCGUUGGUGGCUUCACAGUGUGGGAACAUGAAAAGCUUGAUUGGCUGCAGGAAGGGAAAAGGAAAGAUGCGCACAGGAAGCGUCAGGGUGACCCUGAUUAUGACCCUUCCACUCUCCAUGUGCCCGAGGAUUAUCUCAACAAGUGUACACCGGGAAUGCGGAGGUGGUGGCAGCUGAAAAGUCAGAACUUUGAUGCUGUGAUUUUCUACAAAGUUGGAAAGUUCUACGAGUUGUAUCAUAUGGAUGCAGUCAUUGGUGUAAAUGAGCUGGGCCUGAUCUUUAUGAAAGGUACUUGGGCCCAUUCAGGUUUUCCAGAAAUUGCAUUUGGCAGAUUCUCUGAUGUUCUAGUGCAGAAGGGCUACAAGGUAGCCCGGGUCGAGCAAACGGAAACUCCUGAAAUGAUGGAAGCGCGCUGCAAGUCAACGGCCCACACCACAAAGUUUGACAGGGUGGUACGCCGAGAAAUCUGCAGGAUCAUCACCAAAGGAACUCAGACUUACAGCAUUAUGGACUGUGAUCCCUCUGAGAACCACAGCAGAUACCUUCUGUGUGUUAAGGAGAAAGAAGACUCGUCCGGACAACGUGUUUACGGAGUCUGCUUUGUUGACACAUCAGUGGGGAAGUUUUUUGUAGGCCAGUUCUCAGACGACCGUCACUGCUCGAGGUUUAGGACUUUAGUAGCACAUUACACUCCUGUGCAGGUUCUCUAUGAGAAGGGGAACCUGUCUGUGGACACACAGAAGAUACUGAAGGGCUCACUUGUUUCUUGCAUUCAGGAAGGGCUGAUCUCGGGUUCCCAGUUCUGGAAUGCUUCUAAAACACUAAAAGUCCUUCUUGAAGAAGAGUAUUUCAAGGAGAAGCAGAACUCUGAAAAUGGGUGUUCUCUGCCCUCUGUAAUCAAAUCUCUGACUUCAGAGAGUGACUCCCUGGGAUUAACUCCUGGUGAUAACAGUGAAUUAGCUUUGUCAGCUCUUGGGGGGUGUGUCUUCUAUCUCAAAAGAUGUCUGAUUGAUCAAGAGCUGCUAUCACGGGCAAACUUCGAGGAAUAUGUCCCUGUGGAUAUUGCUGCUGCAAAACCUAUGAGUUCAAGUAGUUUGUUUGCCAAAACUGACCAGCGGAUGGUGCUGGAUGGAGUCACCCUGAUGAACUUGGAAGUUUUGCAGAACGGAACCAAUGGAAGCACAGAAGGUACUUUGUUGGAAAGGAUUGAUUCUUGUUGUACACCAUUUGGGAAGCGACUCCUGAAACAGUGGCUUUGUGCUCCGCUUUGUAAUCCUAAAUCCAUCAAUGCUCGUUUGGAUGCUGUUGAGGACCUCAUAGCAGUGCCAGAUAAAAUGGCUGAAGUUAGUGAGCACCUGAAGAAACUGCCUGACCUUGAAAGGCUGCUCAACAAAAUUCACAGUAUUGGAUCACCACUUAAAAGCCAGAACCAUCCUGACAGCAGGGCCAUCUUUUACGAAGAAAUCAAAUACAGCAAAAAAAAAAUUGCUGACUUUCUGUCUGCACUGGAGGGUUUUAAAGUAAUGAAUGAAAUUGUUGACGUCAUGGAAGAGGUUGCCAGUGACUUCAAAUCUAAAGUCUUGAGGCAGCUAGUCACCCGCAAAGCCACAAAUCCAGAUGGCUGCUUCCCAGACUUGAGUGCAGAGCUUACAAGAUGGGAUACUGCUUUUGAUCACAACCAGGCUCGGAAGACAGGGGUGAUUACUCCAAAGGCAGGUUUUGACCCCGAUUAUGAUGGAGCACUACAGGAUAUUAAAGCUGUCGAGGAAGAUCUUCGCAAGUACCUGGAUAAGCAGCGCAAACUGCUCGGAUCCAAAUCCAUCCUGUACUGGGGGACAGGCAAAAACCGAUACCAAAUGGAAAUACCGGAAAGCAUCGUAUCACGUAACUUGCCCGAGGAGUACGAGCUGAGGUCGAGCAGGAAGGGGUACAAGCGUUACUGGACCAAGGAGAUUGAGAAGAAUCUGGCGGCGAUGGUCAACGCGGAAGAGCGGCGCGACGCAGCGCUGAAGGACUGCAUGAGGCGCCUGUUCUACAACUUUGAUAAAAACAGCAAGGACUGGCAGGCAGCUGUGGAGUGCAUUGCUGUGCUGGAUGUCUUGAUGUCCCUUGCUCGCUACAGUCAAGAUGGUGAUGGACCUCUGUGCCGACCUGUAAUUGUGCUGCCUGUGGACAGUGCUCCUCCCUUCCUGGAACUUAGGAACUCGCGCCAUCCGUGCAUUACAAAAACCUUCUUUGGGGACGAGUUUAUUCCCAAUGACAUCGUGAUAGGCAGCACAGAUGAAGGCAGCGGCAGUGAAGCUUCCUGUGUGUUGGUAACCGGCCCGAAUAUGGGCGGCAAAUCUACGCUCAUGAGACAGGCUGGUCUCCUGGCUAUCAUGGCUCAGCUGGGGUGCUACGUACCUGCAGAGGCCUGCAGGCUCACCCCCAUUGACAGGGUGUUCACGCGGCUCGGCGCCUCAGACAGAAUCAUGUCGGGUGAAAGCACCUUCUUUGUUGAACUGAGUGAGACUUCCAGCAUUCUCCAGCAUGCAACAGAGCAUUCCCUCGUUCUUGUGGAUGAACUGGGCAGAGGCACAGCUACUUUCGAUGGAACAGCCAUAGCGAGUGCUGUUGUGAAGGAGCUGGCAGAGAAGAUCCGUUGUCGGACGCUGUUCUCCACUCACUACCACUCGCUGGUGGAGGACCAUUCCCACAGCGCGGCCGUGCGCCUGGGGCACAUGGCAUGCAUGGUUGAAAAUGAGAGUGAGGAUCCAAGCCAGGAAACAAUUACGUUCCUGUACAAGUUCACCGAAGGAGCAUGCCCGAAGAGCUACGGCUUCAAUGCAGCAAGACUUGCAGAUAUUCCAGAUGAAGUUAUUCAGAAGGGGCACAGAAAAGCCAAAGAGUUUGAAAAAACAACCCUUUCACUAAGAGUGUUUAGGUAUCUGUGCCAGGUGGUGGAUGGUGCAACAAGUGAUGCAAAUGCUGUGCAGAAACUCACCGCGAUGAUCAGCCACCUUUAGGGACAUGCAGGUUUUGUAUGGGCAGUUUCUCAAAAACACAGUAACAGACAACAUUAUGAUCUAAUAAACUUUAUUUUUUAAAAAUGA